GUGGGUUCCUGGCCAGGGUGAGGCCCCUGUGCUCCGACCUCCAGCUGUCCCCGCGGCCGAUUACCCCUCCGCCUCGCUCGCCGCCUGCUCGCCAUGGAGUCGCUGGCUUUCGCCCGGCGCCUCGGCCCGGCCCCCUCGGCAGCCACCGCCCUGGCGUCAGAGCUCGCCCGGCCCCUGGCCGACGGGCUCAUCAAGUCGCCCAAGCCCCCGAUGAAGAAGCAGGCGGUGAAGCGGCACCACCACAAGCACAACCUGCGGCACCGCUACGAGUUUCUGGAGACCCUGGGCAAGGGCGCCUAUGGGAAGGUGAAGAAGGCGCGGGAGAGCGCGGGGCGCCUGGUGGCCAUCAAGUCGAUCCGGAAAGACAAAAUCAAAGAUGAGCAAGAUCUGAUGCACAUUCGGCGGGAGAUCGAGAUCAUGUCAUCACUCAACCACCCGCACAUCAUUGCCAUCCAUGAAGUGUUUGAGAACAGCAGCAAGAUCGUGAUAGUCAUGGAGUACGCCAGCCGAGGCGACCUGUAUGACUACAUCAGCGAGCGGCAGCGGCUCAGCGAGCGCGACGCCCGACAUUUCUUCCGGCAGAUCGUCUCCGCCGUGCACUACUGCCACCAGAACGGGAUUGUCCACCGGGAUCUCAAGCUGGAGAACAUCCUCUUAGACGCCAAUGGAAAUAUCAAGAUCGCUGACUUUGGCCUCUCCAACCUCUACCACCAAGGCAAGUUCCUGCAGACGUUCUGCGGGAGCCCCCUCUACGCCUCACCCGAGAUCGUCAACGGGAAACCCUACACGGGCCCAGAGGUGGACAGCUGGUCCCUGGGUGUUCUACUGUACAUCCUGGUGCAUGGCACCAUGCCCUUUGACGGGCAGGACCAUAAGACGCUGGUGAAACAGAUUAGCGAUGGGGCCUACCGGGAGCCGCCUAAACCCUCCGAUGCCUGUGGUCUGAUCCGGUGGCUGUUAAUGGUGAACCCCACCCGCCGGGCCACCCUGGAGGAUGUGGCCAGUCACUGGUGGGUCAACUGGGGCUACACCACCCGUGUCGGGGAGCAGGAGGCCCUGCACGAGGGAGGGCACCCCGGCAGCGACUCUGGCCGGGCCUCCAUGGCUGACUGGCUCCGGCGAUCCUCCCGCCCCCUCCUGGAGAACGGGGCCAAGGUAUGCAGCUUUUUCAGGCAGCACGCUCCUGGAGGUGGGAGCAUCACCCCCAGCCUGGAGCGCCAGCAUUCGCUCAAGAAGUCCCGCAAAGAGAAUGACAUGGCCCAGUCUCUCCAGGGGGACCCGGCUGAUGAUACUUCCCCUCACUCUGGCAAGGGCAACCUCAAGCUGCCAAAGGGCAUUCUCAAGAAGAAGGCGUCGACCUCCUCAGAGGGGGCAAGGGAGGACCCUGAGCUCAGCCCAGUCCCCAUGAGCCCAGGACAGGCUGCCCCCCUGCUCCCCAAGAAGGGCAUCCUCAAGAAGUCUCGGCAGCGGGAAUCCGGCUACUACUCCUCUCCCGAACCCAGUGAGUCUGGGGAGCUCUUGGAUGCAGGGGACGUGUUUGUAAGUGGAGACUCCGUGGAGCAGAAGCCCCCGCAAGCCUCAGGACUGCUCCUCCAUCGCAAGGGCAUCCUCAAACACAACGGCAAGUUCUCCCGCACAGCGUCGGAGCUCACAGCCCCCACUACCUUUGGUUCCUGGGAUGAACUGGCCUCACCUCGCCCCCCGGCCCGAGCCAGCCACCCCUCGGGGGCUGUGAGUGAGGACAGCAUCCUGUCCUCUGAGUCCUUUGACCAGCUGGACUUGCCCGAACGGCUCCCUGAGCCCCAGCUCCGGGGCUGUGUAUCUGUGGACAACCUCAUGGGGCUUGAGGAGCCCCGCUCCGAGGGCCCUGGAAGCAGGGGCCUGAGGCGCUGGUGGCAGGACCCCCUGGGGGAUAGCUGCUUUUCCAUGACAGACUGCCAGGAGGUGACAGAGAUCUACCGACAGGCACUGGGGGUCUGCUCAAAGCUCAGCUGAGGGUUGGGGGCAUUGCCCACCCGGGCAGGCUCUAAGAUGCAGUUGGCUGCAGCCUGAAGGGAGACUGCCUUCUCCCCUGCCUCCCAGGACCAGCAUGCCAGCCCCGAAGGCUGAGAUGGUUUGCAGUUGAGCCCUGGGGAGGGCUGGAUGUGGGAAGCGGGCAAGUGAAAUGCAUUGAGGGUUCAAUGUCUUCAGCCCUGUGAAACCAAGAAGAUAGUAGAAGGGAAAAGAGUAGAGGGGAAGGCCCAUGGCCAAGGCCAGGUUCCUGUUUCUCGUGCACAUGGUAGGCCCCAGGGAUCUGGAAAGAGCACUCUAUCAGUGCCCAUCUGCUUUAUUGCAAUGAGUAAGUUUUGUGCAUGAUGCCUCCCCGCCAAAGUGGGGAUGGAAACUCUUCACAUACACAUUCCCAACCCCACCCAGCUCUAAACCUGGAAUGUGGCACCCCCUAAUGUGCCUGGGGGGUCCUGGGAAUGGUGUCCUAGAGUGUACCCUUCCUUAUUUAUCCUAGCAGUAAGAGAACACAACCUCUGUUUCCUCAAAGGUUCUCUCCCCUUUCCCAUCCUCCAAACCUGGCCCAAGCCUCCUGAAGUUGCUGCUAUGAAUCUAAAAGACUUGAAAAGUCUCAGGCUACUAUUGGGCUUCAUCUCAAGGGGCCCAAAUUCCACUGGACCCCACCUUGGACCUCAAAGACGCUGAAAUUCUCCGGCCUCCAAGAUGCUCGUGCUACUGAGAAUGGAUAUGUCUAUUUCUCUGGGCUUUCAGAACUCUAGAAUGUCCUUAUUUAUUUUUAUGUUUUCAGCUCUGAGUUUUUAAAAAGUGAAUCUUGCUGUUUUCAGUAAUGUGAAUACUAUGUUCUGGGGAAAUCCACUAUGACAUUUAACUUUGUGUGUAGAGAGAUUUUUGCAAUGAUUUCCUACUGAUUGUGGGGAAGGGGGGACCUUUUUUAAAUCCAUGUUCCAUUGCACUGUCUGGAGGGGGUCUCUGAUUCCCUCACUCCAUGCCCUGAUUCUGUUUGCCUGAUGGUCCCUCUUCCUUGCUCUGUGGCCAGAAAGAACCAUUCCAUUAAAAACCAGAACGGUGA